AUGCCAAACUACAGCAUCACCGACCUUCUGCCCCUCCCCAACUCCGCCGAGCGCAUCCCGCGCCUCGGUUUUGGCGUCUACCGCUCGCCCACCGACCAGUGCGUCCAGUCCUGCCUCAAGGCCCUCGACGUAGGGUACCGACACAUCGACACUGCGCAAUUCUACGCCAACGAGACCGAGGUUGGCGAGGCGGUGCGCACCUCCGGCCUGCCGCGCGACCAGGUCUUCGUCACGACCAAAAUCCUCAGCCCCGCCGGCUCCGUCGAGGCGACCUACGAUAAGCUGCUGGCCAGCGUGGAGAAGAUCGGCGGACCGGGCGGAUAUGUUGAUCUGUUCCUCAUUCACAGCUCCAGCUCGGGUCCUUCCGGGAGGAAGCAGCUGUGGCAGGCGCUGGAGAAGCUCCACGGUGAGGGCCGGGCGAAGAGCAUUGGCGUGAGUAAUUUUGGGGUGAAGCACAUUGAAGAGAUGCGCUCCUAUGCCAAGGUGUGGCCGCCGCAUGUCAACCAGAUUGAGCUCCACCCGUGGUGUCAGCAGCGGACGAUCGAUGAAUACUGCAAGAAAAACGGCAUCAUCGUCGAAGCCUACUCCCCCAUUGUCCGCAACAACAAAGCCCAUGACCCGACUCUGGUCGACGUCGCCAAGAAAUAUAACAAGUCCACGCAGCAGGUCUUGAUCCGUUACGCGCUGCAGAAGGAAUGGGUGCCCUUGCCCAAGACCGAUGACGCGGAGCGGAUCGCCUCCAAUGCUGAUGUCUUCGACUUCGAUAUUAGCACAGAGGACAUGGAUAUUUUGGAUACCCUAGAUCAAGGAAGUGCCGGUGCCAUCGUGGAAGCUGUCGAGAACGAGUGA